AUGAGAGCAGAGCUGAGGGUGGCCCUUGCGUGGCUCUCGGAGCUAAGGCUGUCGAGUGGAGCGGGAAGCGGGAUGUGUCUCCUCCUGGGGGCCACGGGGGUGGGGAAGUCGCUGUUGGUGAAGCGCCUGCAGAAGUUGAGUUCCCGGGAUGGGAAGGGCGACCUGGGCGAUCCGCCCCCGACGCGGCCCACGGUGGGUACCAAUUUAACGGACAUUGUGGCUCAAAAAAAGAUCACCAUCCGGGAGCUGGGGGGCUGCAUGGGCCCCAUCUGGUCCAGUUACUAUGGAAACUGUCAUUCUCUCCUGUUCAUGGUGGAUGCCUCUAACCCCACCCAGCUCUCCGCAUCCUGUGUGCAGCUCCUGGGUCUCCUGUCGGCAGAAGAACUUGCAAAAGCAUCAGUUCUGAUUCUCUUCAAUAAAAUGUACGUGUCUGUGAGGUUCAAUCCAUACUUACAGUGCGUCCAGGAAACACUGGUGUUUCUCAGCGGCUCCACCUCAUCCCUUGCUCUCACUGCCCUGCCUGUCUCAGAACCCAAUUGUAAGAAGGAUGCCAGCACUGAACGAGAGAUGCGCUGCCCGCCCCAACUGCCAUGUGAUGGGGGGUGAGUCCUGGCUACUGCAGCCAGCCAGCACCUGGCUGCUCCAUGCAAGGGCUGGGGCCACCCACCAUGCAGAAACACUCCCUAGAGAGUGACAUCCUGAUUCCAGGUACAGCUUCCAGAACUUCAAUCUUUUAAUUCAAAAAUAAACUUCACUGCAUAAAAUACAAA